CGACCCGGGUACCGGCGCCGUGCGGGCGACACGCGUGUCUCUGCGGGGCUGCGCGGGGUCCGCGGAGCGGCUGGGGGCGCGCGGCGCGGGCGCGGCGCUGGGCGCGGGGGGCGCUCCCGGCCGGGAUGAGCUCACCGCAGUCGCGCCGGGGCUGAGCGCCGAGCGGGGCGGCGGCGGCGGCGGGGCGGGCGGCGGCUCCUCGGCUGCUCCGCGGCUGCCCGGGCCGCGCGCCACCAUGCUGGGCCUGGACGCGUGCGAGCUGGGGGCGCAGCUGCUGGAGCUGCUCCGGCUGGCGCUGUGCGCCCGAGUCCUCCUGGCUGACAAGGAGGGUGGGCCGCCGGCAGUGGACGAGGUGCUGGAUGAGGCUCUGCCUGAGUAUCGGGCGCCGGGGAGGAAGAGCCUCUUGGAGAUACAGCGGCUGGACCCGGAAGACAGGAGCCUGGCCCAGUAUAAGCGGGCGCUGCUGGGGCCCUUGCCGCCGGCUGUGGACCCAAGCCUGCCCAAUGUGCAGGUGACCAGGCUGACCCUCCUGUCGGAGCAGGCUCCGGGGCCCGUGGUCAUGGACCUCACAGGGGACCUGGCUGCCCUGAAAGACCAGGUGUUUGUCCUGAAAGAAGGUGUUGAUUACAGAGUGAAGAUCACCUUCAAGGUCCACAGGGAGAUCGUCAGCGGCCUCAAGUGUCUGCACCACACCUACCGCCGGGGCCUGCGUGUGGACAAGACCGUCUACAUGGUGGGCAGCUACGGCCCGAGUGCCCAGGAGUACGAGUUUGUGACUCCGGUGGAGGAAGCGCCGAGGGGUGCACUGGUGCGGGGCCCCUACCUGGUCCUGUCCCUCUUCACGGACGACGACAGGACACACCACCUGUCCUGGGAGUGGGGCCUCCGCGUCUGCCAGGACUGGAAGGACUGAACCACCAGUCCGUAUGUCCCCAACCUUGCUCAGUUGCUGCACAGGGACCCCCAAGCAUCCCCAGUACCCCCGUGAGUGACGAGACCCACCCCUGCUCUGUCCCAGGACCCCCUGGGCUGGCGCUGUCCCCCGACUGUCCAUUAAACGUAGUCCUGCCUCGGUG